AUUUUCAUAUGUUCAGGCAAAAUACAAGUACAAAAGUUUGUAAUGUUAUGACCUGCUGGACGGUAAUUAACUACGACUGAAAAGCCUAUUGUGUGGUAAAUAUCGAGUAUAUUUAUUGCCAGUAUUCCUACUGGGUCAAGAAAUUGUUGAUUCAUAAAUGGUGUACACUGAUUUAUAGUAUGCUGUAAUGAUGCUUUCUUUACUAAAAUUGUUAUAAUGUAGACAAAUUUUAUAUUAUGAUGAACAAUAGAGACGAAACUGUACACAUCAUAUGUUCUUGUAAACUCAAAACUGACAAAAAGUAUAAGGAACAAAUAUUGAAGGAAGUGGCAGCUGCUGUAUGUGCUAUGCUCAACAGCAAUGGCGGGAAAGUCAAGUUAUAUUACGAUUCCAAGUGCAACCCAACCAAAUUAUUAUCAUCGUUGACUAGUCGAAUGCUUGAGCAAUAUAUGAUAUCAAUUAUUGGACCUCGCCUGACAGUUUCGAAAAUAGAUAUCGAAGAGGUGAAAGAAAGCCUCGUUAUUGUUGUUGAAAAAGCCGAUUCUUUAAUAACAACCAGUUAUAACCUUUACUCACCCGGUCAAACACAAGUUGUCCAGUUAGAUCCCCGGGAACCAGAAAAUGUCGUAAAGGAUAUCAUGGACAGAAGAGUCGUUCCAGAACCUGUGGAACUUGGCUCACAUCAGAAAAUUUUUCGUCGAGGUCAAGAUUCCUAUCUCAGGGAAAGCAAAAUGUGUCAGUUUAAGCAACUUAAAGCAGAUCAAUCCAAACGCACGACGUUAGCAGAUCGUAUGACUGGUAAAAGCAAUAAAUUCAGCUGUUAUGUUUCGGCAUAUGCCAACUACAGGGGAGGACACAUCUACUUUGGUAUCACAGUGGAUAAAUUUGUUGAAGGAGAAGUUAUUGUGAAUGAAGAAGAUAAACAAGAAAUUAUAAAGAAAGUUGAAAAAACCAUCAACAAGAUGAUCUGGCCUGAGCAUAUUGGUCAGCCAAAACGAGGAGAACACUGGGAUAUAUUUUUCGAAUCAGUGUUAGAUGAGAACUCUACAACAAUCCCUUCCACCUUUGUGAUCGUCAUUUACAUUGCUUCCUGUUUGGGUGGUGUUUUUACGGAAGAACCAGAAUGUUAUGAAAUGGUGGAUGGGAAAGUUAAGAGGAUGACGUUCAUUGCUUGGAAGAAAAGAAAAUAUGACGAAUUACUUCCUUCAAGAGGCAUCAUUUCUUAUGUUAAACGUAUCACGUGGAGCUCAAAUAGAAUUCGGGAAAUUUACACUUCUGCAGAUCAACUAUUAACACAAAAGCUUAAUAACGGAGAAUCCAUUCAGGAAAUCUGCAAGUCUCUUAAAUCAACAUAUCCUGAUCUGAAUGAAGUGAGGUUAUUGAUUUUGUCGAAGAAAGUGAUGGCGUCAUAUCGAUCAUUUUGCUUCAGAAAAGCGGAAGGGUCAAUACAGGAGUACAAAGCUGUUCUCGUGAGAACAAAAGAUUCCGCAAUUUUUGACGCGAUACUUGCUUACAUAAGUGUUGCUUUAUAUCGCGCCAGAGGAGUGAGGGAAUUUCCAAUAGAAAUAUUAAUCUCUGACGCUUUAUCCAAAGCAGAGAUGAUCGAACCAGGUCUUAUCUCUGCUGCAAUAUAUUUACUUGUUGCUACAAUAAGAGGUGUUUUGUUAUCAAAAGAUGAGCAAGUCAGUAAAAUAGCAGGUUACAUCGUAACAAUUCUUGCAACACGAGCUUUAGAACAUUUACAGUACGUCCAUGAUUCUCCUAUGGCUCGAGCAAACAUGGAACAAAAAGCUCACAUUACCUUAGCAUUACAUCACCUGGGUUAUAAUGCAUAUGGAAUGCAAACUAGAAAGACAAUCGAUAGCAAGGACGUAGACAAAGCAAAAUCCAGCCUUGUGAAAGUAGAUAAAUUAAUCUUCGAGGGAAAAUCUGUUAAUAAUUAUCGCAAUAUACAUUUUAAUCUGGCGAAGGCACAUCUUCUAUAUCGACAAUUUGAAGUCAAUCCUGAUAAAUCGUUGCUGCAAAAUGCUUUUCAAUUUUCAAAACAAGCAGAAAACCUUGCAACUGAAUGUAAUUUCCAGGAAAUGCUUCAAUAUGCUAGAGCCUGCACGGCGUUUUGCACUGAGAGCUUGAUCCGUUUUGAACUAAAGUCAAGGGGACAAACUAGAGACAAUGGCACUAAGGAAACGUAAGAGAAGCAACCGUAAAAUUAAACCUUGUCCUUGUUGCCAUCUCUUGAGUUCCCCCAACAACAGUGCCCAAACAUGCAUGAAGACACACUCGUAACUGGUUAGAUGGGCAUAAAAGGCUUCCUGUUUUGGAGCGUCACUGCCUACACAGAAGAACAUGCAGUAUCUGCAUGUUGUAGAUAUUGUUUCUCACAGACACAAGCUGAUCAGGACGAGCCUUCUCAUUGCAUGAAUUUCCAUUGUUUUUUAGGUAAACAUGAUAGAUUAAGACAACAUUAGGCGCAAGGUGCAUGCACUUUUCACACAGUGUUUUCUCAGCUAUAACUUUUGACCCUGGUACUGAAAAGUUAGCUUUUUAGUUAUUAAGAAUUGUUUAACACAUUGCAUUGCGUAAGAUUUGAAAUGUGUGGUAUAUGUAGUUCGGUGGUUGCUCAGAAAAACAUCGAUAGAAUAACCUUCUAAAAUGUCUGUUAAAGGAUCAUCAUAGGAUUUUGGACAUUAGCCGCUUGACAUUUUUGAGAAUCGGAAUCACCGAGCAUCGCAUUUUUUUGAAGACGAGCUAUUUAAAGACGUUGACUAUGCCGCAAUUGCAAACUGUAAAAAUGUUUUGUAUAUUUCUCUUUACAUCAGAAAUAUUAUAGUUGUUACCAUAAGGCCUAGUUUCCAUUCAGUCGUUAGCUGUCGUUACAUGUCUUUCCGUGUCUUUGGAAUAAUCGUGAAAGACCGAUAACAAAUUAUGGGAAGAAUCAUGUCGUUUCCUGUCUUUUUAUGUCGUUGAGAUAGGAUUUGUUCUAUCCGAGCGACACUGUCUGUUUCUCUCAGUCGUUAUCGGUCUUAGUCACGAUUAUUCCGAAGACACGGAACGACAUGUAACGAAAGCUAACGACUGAAUGGAAACUAGGCAUUAUUAACUAUUCUUUGCAACAUUCAUACUUAGAGACUGAGAGAGAGGCAGAAGCAGAGAGGCAGUACAACAGACAUGACUGUAAAGUCAUUCUGAAU